AUGCCGAUGCUCAAGGAGCCAUGGAAGAAAUACCAACCUUUCAAGCCGUUGAACCUGCCGGACAGGACAUGGCCUAGCAAGACAAUUGAAAAGCCACCAAGAUGGCUGUCAACCGACCUGAGAGAUGGUAACCAGAGUUUAGUAGAUCCUAUGGAUGGCGCGCAAAAAUGGGACUACUUCAACAUGCUGGUUAAGCUCGGCUACAAGGAAAUUGAAGUCUCAUUCCCGUCCGCGUCGCAAACUGACUUCGACUUCACACAACGCCUCAUCCAAACGCCCGGCAUAGUACCAGACGAUGUAUGGAUUCAGGUCCUUUCGCCAUGCCGCAAAGAGCUCAUUCGCCGCACCGUCGACUCCCUCAAGGGUGCGCGCAAGGCCAUCCUCCACCUGUACCUUGCGACCAGUCCGUGUUUCCAGCAGAUUGUCUUCAACAUGAACGACGAUGAGACAAUUGCACUCGCGGUCGAAUGCACAAAGUACGCGCGAUCAAUAACCAAGGAUGAUCCCGAGCAAGCCGGUACAGAAUGGGCAUAUGAGUUCUCACCAGAGACCUUCUCAGAUUCAUCCCCAGAGUUCGUCAUCAAGGUCUGCGAGGCUGUCAAGGCGGCAUGGGAACCAAGUGUAGAGAACCCACUCAUCUUCAACCUCCCAGCCACCGUAGAGAUGUCGACGCCCAACGUCUACGCCGACCAGAUCGAGUACUUCUGCAAGAACAUCUCCGAGAGGGAGAAGAUUUGCGUCUCUCUGCACCCACACAACGACCGAGGAUGCGCGGUUGCAGCAGCAGAACUGGCACAAAUGGCGGGCGCAGACCGAGUAGAAGGCACACUGUUUGGCAACGGAGAGCGCACCGGAAACGUCGAUCUCGUUACGCUGGGCCUGAACCUGUACACCCAGGGCAUACAUCCAAAGAUUGAUUUCUCGGAUCUGAAGUCAAUUAUCGAUAUGGUUGAGAGCUGCAACAAGAUUCCGAUACAUCCCCGCGCACCAUACGGAGGUCAGCUUGUCGUGUGCGCCUUCAGUGGCUCACAUCAAGAUGCGAUCAAGAAGGGCUUCCAGAUGCGCAAGAAGAACGGCGCGACCAACGAGAGCCGGUGGCAGAUCCCAUACCUGCCCCUGGAUCCGCAAGAUAUUGGCCGCACAUACGAAGCUAUCAUCCGUGUCAACUCGCAGAGUGGAAAGGGCGGAAUUGCCUGGAUUAUUCAACGCCAGCUGGAACUCGACCUUCCCCGUGGUCUCCAAAUUGCCUUCUCCAAGGUCGUACAAAAGGAGACAGACAUGCUCGGCCGCGAACUCCUGCCUACCGAGAUCACAAACCUCUUCGAAGAGGCCUACCACCUCAAGCGCAACCCCCGCUUCUCUCUGGUCGACUACGAGAUCAAGGCCGAUCGUUCAGAGACACCUUUGCCUCCACAAGACGGCCGAACAGCCAGCAGCCGCAACCUGCGCCGAAUCUUCAAUGGUGUCAUCGAAAUUGACGGCCAGGAACACAAGAUCCAGGGAUCGGGUACUGGUGCGCUGUCGUCGCUGGCCGAUGCACUGAGGAGUCUGGGCAUCGACCUUGACGUUGUAGACUACAACGAGCACACCAUCGGUACAAGCAAAGACGCAAAGGCUGCAACUUACAUUGGUUGCACAGCUGCACAAAGCAGUCAGAAGGUCUGGGGUGUCGGUAUUCACCAGGAUGUGGUUCAAGCUUCUCUCAUCGCGAUGCUGAGUGCUGCUUCCUCAUUCCUUUCAUCGAGACCUACCACACCCAUUCCCUUCCGCCCCAAGCGAUCGAAUACGCUCGAGAUCCCCAGCCCAGAAUCAAGUCCCAGCCGAAAAGAGGGUAGCACAAUAGUGGAUAAGCUUGAAGCAGCCGUUAAUGGCGAUCAAGCGGAUGUGAAGAGCGCGGGAGUGUAA